UCUGCUUUGCAUCCGCUGUUCCUCUGCUCUCAUCAGCCUUCCUGGCAGCAAUCUCAUCAGCAUUCCUGGCAGCAAUCUCAUCAGCUUCCUGGUAACAAUCUCAUCAGCAUUCCUGGCAGCAAUCUCUGGUUACUGAGGGACGCUUUCACACCUGGAUGUCAUCAGAUUCUCAGCUCACAUGGCUUCUUAUUCACCAUGCUCCAAAACAUGGCUUCUCUCUCUCCUUCCUGUUCUCUCCAACUCUGUGUGCAAAACCCCACCUCUUCAUGAAUAUACAAAUAUCUAUGCAGUCUGA